AUGGAUUACAAUGCCAAGUACCUGAUAUUUUUAGUUCUCUGCCUGGUAUUAUCCGAGUACGAAGCGGACGAUAAAUACCGGACGAAUCUUUCGAGGAAACGACGUUACGUUGUUUUUCCCGAAGGUUCCACAUUUUCCAUUGCUCUUUGCUUGACGGUGCACACUCUAACUCCGGACGAUGUCUUCACAGAAGGUCUUAAUUGGGGUAUCUCCUAUGACCUACCCAACGAGAGCAAGUCUGCCCUGGAGCCUUUCUUAGAGUUAAGGAACGAUAAACAUAAAACAAGCAAUAAGCAUAAUCGAUAUAGUUCCACUAUGAUCGCUAAUAGAUAUGGCACCCUGAAUUCAGAAUGGAAUAACAACGUCAAGCAGCAUUUCGUACCUAAAAAAAAAUAUCGCAAGUCGGAAUACUAUUACUUGCAAAGGAGACACCGGAGAGAACUUUACAACAAACUGGAGGUCAUCAUGAACGCAAUGGGCUUUGAUGGCAGAAUGUGUGUUCUACGCGCGCUUUGCGAAGCAUCUCAACAAUUAAUGCCAAAGGGAAACACUUUAAUAGAAGAAAUGAUGAGAAUAUCAUUUUCAUUACCUCUAAAAAGAGUGUUCUCCUUCGAACCAGAGGAGCAUCGCACGUACACCAAGGCUCAUAAAGCCGGCCACGAGGGCAAAGAUUGCAUGGCCAUGUUUCCCGGGUGCAGUUUCUCCCUCAUCGACCUGGCCCUCGGGAAAUAUAACGCACCUCCAUCCGACCACUUCGGAGAUGCUAUGGACCACACCGGAACUUUCGACACGGAGGUCGGACCUGCCGUAGAUUGGCCGAGAUAUAACAUGAGAAUGAUGCGAAUAACAGAGUUGAAAGUGGAAAGAUGGCAUGAUUUAACUAAUUGGCUAGGAUUGUUUUGGAUUGACAACAUGAAUCAACAAAAAAGAGAAAAUGUAUCGGGAAUCAAUAAGAGAAGACGAAGAAGGAAAGCUUAA